CGGACAACGACCGACCAGUCACACACUUUGUGACAGCCUUGCCUUGCAGACAGUUCCGUGUCCUCUGUGUCCACGCACGUGUGUUUGUUUAUAUUUAGAAAAACAUAAGAAGAUAAUUGUGAAUGAAGAUAAAAUGAAGCCUCUGUGGAAUCAUUUGCAUCUGGAUCGUCCUCCCACAGCGAUUUGGCGUCCAAAGUCUGGAGAUUUCGAAAUCCUGUCAUUCACGUCAACUAUCAGCAAAAUUUUGCAAGAUAUUUCAUCACAAGGUCAACUUAAUACGGAGGCUGCCAUCCUCAGUCGAUUGAUUUACAGAAUGAAAAGUAAAUUCAGGAGUGACAAGGGACUGAAGAAUAUGGAAAAGCUUAACAGUGCACUUCUUAAUUAUUUGAAACUGUCGAUCGAACGAGAUUAUGAAUAUUUAAAGGCAAACACUGCGUUAAAUGAGAAUAAUGCAACAUUGCCAAGCCGACAAAUGGCUGAAUAUGUUUUGGUAAGAACCCAGGGAUUUGCAAAGCUCAUGUGUCGGAUCGAGAGUGUUGCAAAGACUGCCGCUGAUUUUUUAAAGACGAGAGUCAAUCUUGGACAAGCCUGGACUGUCUCAGCUAUCGCAUAUUCAGUAAUCUCUAGAAUUUGGCUCCUGUCCAGGUAUUUAUUGAAAAAGUCUUGUAACUGGUACAAUGAUUUAUACUCUUUUAUGAAGCAAUUGAGACCUGUAGGAGUUGAUUGGAUGCCACAUGAGCAGACUCUCCCAUCAAAUCUUAGAGCUUGGAUCGCAGUCCCUUGGGUGAACCAACAGAUUCAAUGCCCAACUGAAUCACAAGUGUCUAACUCUAUAUUUAGUUUGAUAACGGCAAGUGAAGAUGGGGAGUUCAGCCGAACACAAGAAAUGGAACAGACCACUGAGAAUGAUAAAAUUCCGACGAUAAUGAAUAGUUCUUGUUCAACACGGUUAAAAGGAAGUAGUAGUCUCGUAGAAGGUGAAACGGCUGAAACGAAAUCUCAAAAUAUUAUUGGCCUGAACGUCAUUCCUGAUCUUGGUGAGAAAGUAGCACGGGAAUCAUUUACACCAGUUGCAUCGAAUGCAGUGAAACUACAAGUGGAUGAUACAAUUUCAGCGAAAUUGGGGAAGAAGAUGAAAAGAACAUCUCAGGACGAAACUCAACUGAAUUCUUCAUUUAAUAAGGAUAGUAAUGCAGGACUGUCACGAGACUCUGCGACAUCCCAACAAAAAUCACCGAAGACAAAAAAAAAGUCAAGUCGCGCACUCAGUAAAAUCGAAACGAAAGAUGAUUUGUGUUAUCUAUUACAGCAGGAAACUUACCCAGGUCUCGAUAAAUUACAAUGGAAUAUACUUAAAAAAAGUAUCGGAAAAACAGUGCGAAAAUUGGAGAAGUGCCCAACCGGUUCAAAAAAAUAUGAAAUACUGCUCCAUCAGACCAUACGGUCAGUACGAAAUUGUGUUAGUUAAUUCAAGUAAAAAAGUGAACGUAAACUUCUACGUUUUAGCUGCAGAGUUAAGUCAUUUGAAUUUAUCUGUUUAAUUUACGACACAAGAUGUAUAAUAUUUUUUGUAGAAUUGACUACAAUAGUCAUUUAUGUCAACAGCUCUCAAUUGAUUUGAGGAGCUGAUAAUACAGGGAUUUUAAUGUGCCCAUCUGUUACAAAAAUAACUAAGGGUUUUGCAUCUCAAUAAAUAACUGUACACUUCAA